CCUGCGCUCGCUUCCCGUGAGCGAGUGGUGGUUGGUAGGUGAGGGAGGCGCGUCUUUCGCUGCUGAGAGCCCAUGGCUUUCCGAGUGACCCCAUGCCUGACGCCAGGACCCGGACCCGGGGCGGCCUCAGCCGGCUUCCCCAGCCCCCAGGUCCCAGGAGAAGACGGAGAAAUGGACGAGGACGAAGAGGAAGGGGCAGAGGUCCACCUGUGUGUGCUGUGGAGCUCAGGAUAUCUGGGAAUUGCUUACUAUGACACUAGUGACUCCACCAUCCACUUCAUGCCAGAUGCCCCCGACCACGAGAGCCUCAAGCUUCUCCAGAGAGUUCUGGAUGAAGUCAGUCCCCAGACUGUUGUUACAAGUGCCAAACAGGAUGAGAAUAUGACUCAGUUUCUAGGGAAGCUUGCCUCCCAGGAGCACAGAGAGACAAAAAGACCUGAAAUCAUAUUUUUACCAAGCAUGGAUUUUGGUCCAGAGAUAAGCAAACAGCGUCUCCUUUCUGGAAACUACACCUUCAUCCCUCAGUCCAUGACUGCCUCUGAGAAAGUCCUCUUCCUUUCCUCCAUUGUUCCCUUUGACUGCCUCCUCACGGUCCGGGCACUUGGAGGACUGCUCAAGUUCCUGAGUCGAAGAAGAAUUGGUGUUGAACUGGAAGACCCUAAUGUCAGCGUCCCUAUCCUGGGCUUUAAGAAAUUUGUGUUGACCCAUCUGGUGAGCAUAGAUCAAGACACUUACAGUGUUCUACAGAUUUUUAAGAGCGAGUCUCAUCCCUCAGUGUACAAAGUGGCCAGUGGACUAAAGGAAGGGCUCAGCCUCUUUGGAAUCCUGAACAGAUGCCGCUGCAAGUGGGGAGAGAAGCUGCUCAGGCUGUGGUUCACACGUCCAACCCAUGAACUAAGGGAACUCAAUUCCCGUCUGGACGUCAUUCAGUUUUUUCUGCUGCCUCAGAAUCUGGACAUGGCUCAGAUGCUGCAUCGCCUCUUGAGCCACAUCAGGAACGUGCCCCUGAUUCUGAAACGCAUGAAAUUGGCCAGUACUAAGGUCAGGGACUGGCAGGUUCUCUACAAGACUGUGUACAGUGCCCUGGGCCUGAGGGAUGCCUGCCGCUCCCUGCCCCAGUCCAUCCAGCUUUUUCGGGACAUCGCCCAAGAGUUUUCCGAUGACCUGUACUACAUUGCCAGUCUCAUUGGGAAAGUGGUGGACUUUGAGAGAAGUCUUGCUGAAAAUCGCUUCACAGUCCUCCCCAACAUAGACCCUGAGAUAGAUGAGAAAAAACGAAGACUGAUGGGUCUUCCCAGUUUCCUCACAGAAGUUGCUCAGAAGGAGCUAGAGAAUCUGGACUCUUGUGUUCCCUCAUGCAGUGUCAUCUACAUCCCUCUGAUCGGCUUCCUUCUUUCCAUUCCCCGCCUGUCUUCCAUGUUGGAGGCCAGUGACUUUGAGGUUGAGGGACUAGACUUCAUGUUUCUCUCAGAGGAGAAGCUGCACUACCGCAGUGCAAGAACCAAGGAGCUGGAUGCACUGUUGGGGGACCUGCACUGCGAGAUCCGGGACCAGGAAACCCUGUUGAUGUACCAGUUGCAGUGCCAGGUGCUGGCACGGGCAUCUGUCUUGACUCGAGUAUUGGACCUUGCCUCCCGCCUGGAUGUCCUGCUGGCUCUUGCCAGUGCAGCCCGGGAGUAUGGCUACUCAAGGCCUCAUUACUCUCCACAACUCCAUGGGGUUCAAAUCCGGAAUGGCAGGCAUCCUCUGAUGGAACUAUGUGCGCGAACAUUCGUGCCCAACUCCACAGACUGCAGUGGGGAACAAGGGAGGGUCAAAGUCAUCACUGGACCCAACUCAUCAGGGAAGAGUGUAUACCUUAAACAGGUAGGCUUGAUCACGUUCAUGGCCCUUGUGGGCAGCUUUGUACCAGCAGAAGAGGCCACAAUUGGGGCUAUCGAUGCCAUCUUCACCCGAAUUCAUAGCUGCGAAUCCAUCUCCCUUGGUCUCUCUACCUUCAUGAUCGACCUCAACCAGGUGGCGAAAGCGGUGAAUAAUGCAACGGAGCAGUCUCUGGUCCUGAUGGAUGAAUUCGGGAAGGGGACCAACACGGUGGACGGGCUCGCACUUCUGGCUGCUGUGCUCCGACACUGGGUAGCGCUUGGACCCACCUGCCCCCACAUCUUUGUGGCCACCAACUUCCUGAGCCUUGUUCAGCUACAGCUGCUGCCUCAAGGGCCCCUGGUGCAGUAUUUGACCAUGGAGACUUGUGAGGAUGGGAAUGACAUCGUCUUCUUCUACCAGCUUUGCCAAGGUGUGGCCAAUGCCAGCCACGCCUCCUACACCGCUGCCCAAGCUGGGCUUCCUGACCGACUCAUUGCUCGUGGCAAAGAGGUCUCGGACUUGAUCCGCAGUGGAAAACCCAUCACUCCCAUAAAGGAGUUGCUAAGGAAGAACCAAAUGGAGAAUUGCCAGGCUUUGGUGGAUAAGUUUCUAAAACUGGAUUUGGAAGAUCCCAGCGUGGAUUUGGACGUUUUCAUGAGUCAGGAGGUGCUGCCUGCUGCCACCACUAUCCUCUGAGAGUCCCUCCUCUGCCUUUCCAACUACCUGAGGCCCUGAUGCUGCCAUGCCUCUUUCCGUUUCUCCCUUAGGCCCAGAGUUCUCAGUUUGCACAAAAUUUUGUUUUACAUUAGGAAUAAAGUU